AUGGCCGCGCAACUGUGCGACUUGGUGGCACAGUCUCUGUAUCAGACAAACCACAUGCCUUUCUUGGAAGAGAAUGAAAGACUCGCCACCGACGAUGGAACAAAUGACAUACGUGCGGGAUUGCGGCGGAUACAUAUGGAUGAAAUCGUUGGGCUGUCUCGGGACGGCAGUAAUAGGCACAGUGUGAACUGCUCUAACCUUGCUCGUUAUCUUCGAUUUGUAGUCGUACUGUGGACGCGUGUAAUGACAGCCAUCGUCAUGGGUGGGCUCGGAAUUUUUGGUUCCUUCUCGCUCAUUCCUUUCGCAGUGAAUGGGCACUGUACCAGAUGCUUCUGGUUAACGAGCGCCUUCGAGAAUACUACACUUCACAUAGCAGACACUGUGGGCGAGUUUCGGGGCGAAUCGAACGGCGAGGAAGAAAUAUCUAACGGAACGAUAGCACCCGUGAAUAGCGGCCAAUAA